AAAAAAAGAAGUAUUCAAUAAAAAAAAAAAAAAUGAUAGUGUGAUUAAGGAAUAUAGGAAGAUGUAAAGAAAGAAGAUGGGCAGUUGAAAAAUGAUCAGGCAAUCAUUUCCCACUUUCGCCCUUUUUAUUUUAUCCUCCCUUACACUUACCAUACCAUACCUCGGUGCAUCACCGUAGUGGUAGUAGACCAUUCAGAGUUGUGAACAGUGGUUGUUGGUUUCGGACUUUAAACUGUCUCUAACAUUUCCUCUUUCUCUGUCUUCUACUUUCUUUUCCUUCUGCCUUUUUUGGGUUCUCUGUUUUCAAUCGGAGAAACCUAUAACUGUAUUUUUUUUCUUUGAAUUGAAACGAUCAAAAGAAGACAUGGGUUCGGAAGGAUCGAGGGUGCUCGUGCCCAGGAAUUUCAGAUUGCUAGAAGAGCUUGAGAGGGGUGAAAAGGGUAUUGGGGAUGGAACUGUCAGCUAUGGAAUGGAUGAUGCUGAUGAUAUAUACAUGCAGUCAUGGACUGGGACUAUUAUUGGUCCCCCUAAUACUGUUCAUGAAGGACGCAUUUACCAGUUGAAAUUGUUCUGUGGCAAGGAUUAUCCAGAUAAUCCACCAAGUGUGAGGUUUCAAACAAGGAUAAACAUGACAUGUGUCAAUCAGGAAACUGGAGUGGUUGAACCUAGCCUUUUCCCCAUGCUUGCUAAUUGGCAAAGGGAGUAUACAAUGGAGAAUAUAUUGACUCAGCUGAAGAAAGAAAUGAUGUCUCCACAGAACAGGAAGCUUGCUCAGCCUCCUGAAGGCAAUGAAGAGGCAAGGCUCGAUCAAAAGGGUUUAGUGCUGAAGUGUUGCAUCCUUUGAACUUCAUCAGAGUUGUAUGAACAUAAUGUAUAUAAAAUAUAUACACGAUAAUUCCAGCAACCGGCUUAGCACCAUCAAUAUAUAUGCUUGUGUAUGAGAAAGAUGUCCUUGGUUCCACCAAAUGGUUGGUUAAAUAAAUCGAACUUCUUAAUGAAUUGAUGACAUUUGAAGAUUUAUGAGUUCUGCUGAUAUCAAUCUUAGUUAUUGAGCGUGUUUUUUUCCUCUUAUUUCUUCCUUUUCGUGUUCAUUUGAUGCAAUUUAGAAUGUAAAACUAUGGCCAACAUGAGAAUGGAACCUUGACCAGUUUGAGAAAAUUGUUAUAUUCCUUCCACGUGCUUUUUCUUUGA